AUGGGGUUGAAGGAACAAGUUUUGUCUAAGGCUAGCUCGUUGUAUGAUUUUGUGAACCACCCAGUUGAGGUGAAGGUUCUAUCACUUUGCCAGUCACCUUGGGAGAUGGUCAUGCCUUUUAGCCUCAAUAACGUAGGAGCAACCUAUCAGAGGUUGGUAAACAGAAUUUUUAGGAAGCAUAUAAGGAGUGGUCUUGAAGUCUAUGUUGAUGAUAUGUUGGUGAAAAGUGCGACUAUGGAGGAGCAUGUGCAGAACUUGUCAAAGGUUUUGGUUGUUUUGAGGGCCCACAACAUAAAGUUGAACUCAGAGAAGUGUGCUUUCGGUGUGCGAGCUGGAAGGUUAUUGGGUUUCAUGAUCUCAAAGAGGGGGAUAAAACUGAACCCAGAGAAAAUCUCUCACAAGCUGCGUCCCUACUUCCAGGCUCAUCCAGUUGUCGUCAUGACCAAUCAGCCUAUAAAGGAAGUAUUAUCUAAAGUUUAUACCUCAGGAAGGGUGAUGAAGUGGGGUAUCGAGUUUGCUGAGUUCGGUAUAGGGUUCACCCCGAGAACAAUAAUAAAGUGGAAAAUAUUAGUUGAAUUUAGAGUCGAAUGCUCUUUCAAAAAGCCUGUUGAUCCAGCAGUCAGUUCACCUCAAGAGGGUGUAGAUACAACCGAUAAUUCAAAAAGGUGGUUAGUUUAUGUUGAUGGCUUCACAGCCAAGACAGGGUCAAGAGUAGGGGUACUUCUGGUUGAUCCUAGUGGGAAUGAUAUGCGGUCACAUAGAACGACACAUUUUAAUGAAGAUGCCAACCAGGAGGCUAUCAAGCUUAACCUUAACCUCAUUGAUGAAUUCAGAGAAGCAACAGAAUUCAAGAAUACAACACACGCUCAACAAGUAACUCGAUACUACAACACUAAGGUUAAGAAUAAGCAAUUCCAAGUGGGUGAUCUUAUUCUUAGAAACAUUAAGGCUAGUUUUCCAACUUCACAGCAACGGAAAAUGGCUCCGAGCUGGGAAGGGUCAUAG